AUGCUGUAUGUGGUAAAUCCUUUUAGCGAAGACCCAGCAUUCUGCGGGUUCGAGGAUCCAGGCAUGUGCGGUUUCGAGCAGGACAACACCACGGACCAGUUCGACUGGACGCGCAUCCAGGGUCGCACUCCCUCAGCCAACACUGGACCGGAAGCGGACCACACGUGCGGCGAUAGUAACGGCUACUUCAUGUACAUUGAGGCGAGCGGGCGCUCCAAGGGUCACGCCGCCCGGAUGUCGUCUCCCCGGUACCGCGGUCUCCAACCCCAGUGUAUCGAGUUCUACUAUCACAUGUACGGGCGUCAGACCGGCACUCUCACUGUCUAUAGUAAGCUUUUGACCAGUGAAGAGAACGUGGCGUUAUGGCGCGUAUUCGGUAACCAAGGCAACCUCUGGAUCAAAGCAAGCAUCGCGGUGUCCGAGGAGACGGUCCGCUCCGGCUACCAGUUGAUCUUCGAGGCUGUCACCGACCUCGGUUACGAGGGCGACAUUUCCAUCGACGACUUCAGCAUCCGGGACGGUGCGUGCGCAGUAGACACGGCGUCCCUGGAGGUGACGCCGCCGCCUCUGACGGACGCCGAAAAGUCUAAACUGCUUCAGGAUCAGGUUGAAAGAUAUCGUAAAAUUUUAAAGCGUCGGCAGAGGCUGCGGAACCGGUUGCAUGGAAAGACGCCUGACAACGACGAAGGGGAUGAUGACGAUGGUGCGCGUUGA